AUGACCGGGGGGAAUCAAACCCCCACCCCCAGGGGCACUCCUGCCUCUGGGUCGUCCAUGCUGUCCCCUACUCUUCUUCCUGACGAGGCGGCACCUCCCGACUCCGGCUCCAGGGAGGCUGGCCGUCACAAGAAAAAGAGCAAGGAAAAGAGCAAGGAUGCGGUUUCUGGGCUACACGAAGAAUUGGAGGAAAAGCUUAGGUCUGUAGACCUGGAAGCGGAGGACGCUUUCAAGAAUGUAAUUGGGAUAUACACAAGCGCGCUGUAUGAGGGCAGAUAUUACAAAACAAGUACCUCGUUCCUUAAGAACGUCGGUCUGUACAUGGCGCAGCUGUACGCCUUCAAAUGCGAGGAGGUGGCAAACGAGCGGGCUCAGAGAAUUCAGCUGUUGCAAGAGCUUGCGGAGAACAAAGCGCAGAGGGAGAGGGAGAGAGAGAGGAACGCGGUCGGUAGUGUUGCUGGAGAGCAUGGACAUGCCGAUCAGACGAGCAACAGUGAAGGAAUGGAACCCACUGUCCGUCGGGGCACCGGCAAUAGGCCGGAGAGGGCAACACCAGGGCAUACUGCUGGGAUGGGACCUAACCCACCGAGCGCCGCGUCGGGGGAUCGGCAGAGAGGGAACCCGCAGCGAGGAG